AUGACCAUGAUACAGACAUGUCCAGAUCAGCAGCUGCUCGCUUCAGCUGUAUACAACCAACCCAAUGCUCUCCGUUCUAUUUUGGAAAAUGUUUCCUUCCCCACCCUCGUUGCCAUCAGCCAUACCGACCGCAUCAGCCGGAUCCGCGCAAGAGCACAGGUGGCGAGCCGCAUUGUUGAAGCACUUGAUCCUUUUAUGAAUCGUGCCAUGAUGCCUCGCUUCAUGAGUGACCUUCGCAAUACAGGUUCCCUUGUAUUCGCCUCUGUAGCACUGAAGGUCCUUCGACCUGUUCGCGAGGACAACGGACGAUAUACGCUGAUUGACAUACGUCCUCGAAAUCUCAACAUCACCACGCCGUGUGGAACCACCGAGAUCUGGCACGCUCAUUUGGCUUGCUUAGGCUAUGAUCGUGUAAACAAGUUGGACGUGGAUAUUUUGCAACAAGAUGGAAUACUUUCAGUGACGGAACUUGGGAAUGAGAACGUAUGUAUGCAUCACCUUUGUGUACGUCCACUGACGAUCCUGUCUGUCAAGGGUGCCAAGAUCAUCUUAUGCGAGAGUCGUGACAAGUCUCCGAUUCCUCCCCUUUUAACGUCUGAUGCCACCCACAAGAUGGUAGCGUUCUCUCAUUGCGGAGUUUACUGCGCUUACCCUGACAUCACCUGCGCGGGGGUCUCAGUCGGGGGAUAUUGGGGAGCAAGCGAAAGUACCAUGGAACGUACAAUGGAGUUAGGCCUUCAAGGGCAUCGUUUUUCGAAUGGGUCUACGAAGGGAGAAGCUUGCGGCUCCGAAUGCCCUUCUGUAUGGAGGCGUUCUUUCGCACUGCUUGGCUUCGGGUUGUUCACUUGGUACGCGGGUAUCAGAGAAUAUAGGAAGGAGCAACAGAGGGAUGACUUGUACCGCACCCAUUAUAUCUGGAGACUUGGGAGCUCAUGCUGCAAUUACGCCUGUCCCGCCAAUACGUGUCCAUGGUUCAUGAAUAUCUUUGAUUAG